UCCUAAAAAACUAGGAUGAUCCUAGGCCAUACAGUACGAAUUUUUUUGGUGGUUGGGUGGUCCUGAUGAGUCAGUCCUGAGUCCUCACUACUAUAGUAUAUAUUAUCUGUGACCUGAAAAUGUUCACUGGACGUUUUCACUUUGUCUUGAAGCUAAGUUUCUUAUAAGUCAUGUUCCGAAUCAAAACUAUGUUCUCUAUUUUUUCUUCAAUUUCUUGUUCUAAUACUACCAUUGUUAUUUUAUUAUGUAUUAUUGACACUAUUGUACGUGGUUCCUCCGUCAAAAAUAGCACUGGCCACCAUCGGCAGUUAUCGACAGAUUACUACGCCAAGACAUGCCCUCAAGUUGAGCAGCUUGUUGGUUCUGUAACGUCUCAGCUCUUCAAAGAUUCCCCUGCAAUUGCUCCUGCUACCAUUAGGCUCUUCUUCCAUGAUUGCUUUGUUCAGGGAUGUGAUGCAUCAAUACUGUUAUCAACAAAGCCUGGCAGCAAAGAAUUGGCAGAAAGAGAUGCAAUACUAAACAAAGAUUUAUCCAAUGAAGCAUUUGAAGGAAUUAACAAAGCCAAAGCCUUGGUUGAGACAAAAUGUCAGGGUGUUGUGUCUUGUGCGGAUAUUCUAACAAUUUCAACGAGGGAUUAUGUCCAUUUGGCAGGAGGUCCUUACUAUGAAGUGAAGAAGGGGAGAUGGGAUGGAAAGACAUCGAAAGCGUCCCUGGUAUCCUCCAACAUUCCUCAUAAUAAUGCCACCAUUGAUGACAUAUUGAAGCUAUUUGCGUCGAAAGGACUAUCCAAGGAGGAUUUUGUAGUUCUCUCAGGCGCACAUACAAUUGGGUAUUCGCAUUGCAAGUAUAUUAAAAAUCGAAUAUACAAUUACAAAGGUACUCAACAACCACAACCUAAUAUUGAUCCCAAGUUGUUGAGGGCUUUGAAAAUGUAUUGCCCACAUCAUGGUGGUAAUGAAGAUGUUGUGGUGCCUUUUGAUGUUACCACUCCUUACACUUUUGAUCAUGCGUACUAUGCAAAUUUGGAGAAAAAUAUGGGAAUCUUGGUGACCGACCAACUCUUGUACUCAGACACCCGAACCAAGCCUAUUGUUCAAAGCUUGUCCAAGGACAAACACAAGUUCUUUCACGCAUUUGCACAAGCUAUGGAAAAGAUGGGCACAAUACAUGUCAAAAGGGGGAACAAACAUGGGGAGAAGAGGAUAGAUUGUACUUCGCCUUUGUGAUU